AUGUUUCUCCAAUUUGUGCAUGAGCAACCUUGUAAAACAGGUUUUAGUGAAUUAAUCUCAGAGCCAAAGGAGUGCAACGGCGCGUUGAGAUAUCACGACGGAACAAACCCGAUUACAAUUCUGAAUGAAACUCUUGGUUCUGCUGCUCCAAAUCAAUUACUUCAAGAAGGAGCCUGCCGCUCUGACCCAUCAACGGACCAGGGAGGGGAUAAGACAAACUUGUGCAAUGCAGGCGUUACAUAUUUGCGCCAGGAAGGCGCUUGGACCUUGCCUCCACAGCCAGUCUGCAAUGAGUUACUGCGUCUAUUCUUUCAAUCUGAAUAUUUGUGUGUGCCUGUAUUUGAUCGUGUCAAGUUCGUAACAGAGUAUCUACAACAAACUGUAUCAAUGUUCUUGCUGCAGGCUGUGCUGGCUAGUGCCGUUUCAUAUGCAUCAGUAGAGCUGCUGAAUGCAGCCGGUUUCCAAGAUCAUUCAAGUGCCCAGGAAACAUUCUUUACUAGGGCCAAGUUACUGUAUGACUUUGACGUUGAAAAGAGUCAGCUACGGCUUUUACAGGGCUCUCUCAUCCUUAGUACUACUCACGUUUCCCAUUAUAUGUCCAGGGAUUAUCGAUUCUGGAUUUCAAAUGCUGUGUGCAUAGCAACAAAAAUGGGACUUCACCGACGUUCAGUUCGCCAGAGACUACAUACAUCUGCGGGGAAGCUCCUUCGGCGAAUUUGGUGGACUCUUUAUACCUGGGAUGCGGUUAUGGCUCUCAAUGGAAUGGAUACUAUACGCAGAUUCUAUGAUACUGAUCACGAUGCAUCCCACUUGACCGAGGCUGAUUGGGAGGAAGAAAUCAUUCCUUCCAAUUUCCAGGACCUUCUUCAUCCGUUUACUAGUUUGGAGAAAUCCUAUAUGAUAGAGAGUUCAAGGCUUUCCUUAAUCAUUGUCCAGUUUUGGCAAAAAUUUGCAACUACUCCUCUAGAAACAUGCUGCAAUGAGUUAGAGGUUGCAAUUCAAGACUGGCGUGAGUCGCUUCCUCACCUGAGGAUUGUGAAUACUUUAGAGCGAACCAGCAUUACUUCGUGGCAUCUCAUUCUUCUUGCACGGAGUUAUAUCUGUGAAAGCAUCAUGUAUCGUAUGAUAAAGCGUUCCCCUUCUGCCGAUAAACCACUCAUUCAAAGAGCGACCCAAAUGAUUGAGAACGUCAUGUUUGACCUCGACAAGACACUUGAAAAAAUAAUGAGCCGGGAUAAUGGGCAGUUCAAUAGUUGGCUAAUCCCUACAUUUGUCUCCACUGCCUUCGCAUUGCAUGUGGAGAGAGUAUUAGACCCCACAACCAGCGACUUUAACAAGAUCCUGGCUACGCUCCACAUUCAGGCGAAAUUGGAAUUUUUGCGAGAGAUGAGUAAGACCUGGUCAUAUAUCGGUGCCUUGGUUAAAAUAUUUGAGGACGCUAUCCGUUCCGCUAAUAUUUCCGUACCAUUACCAAAGCCUCAACAGGAGCAUGGUAUCGUCCAUAUUUCCCAAGGAUCUCCCGACGCAUUACUACCUCCGAAUAAACAGCCUGAUCUUGGAAGUUAUUCCUGGUUUUUGGGCCUUGCUAACAGCGACAUGUCAUUUGAUUUUCCGAUUGGUUCCUUGGACACAACUUCCAUGCUGGAUGAAUUCUUCUCUGACAACUCGCAUAAUUGGAAUUCGUCCCAGAUUUAA